UUUAUUCCCAGUUCCUGCUUACAGGCGCGGAUACCUGUGGAGUCUUUACCUUUAACAGUAAGCUCCAUACACAGAGAGUUUGCUGUCUCACAGAUUCAUGUUCGCAGUUGGAGAUAUGGCACGGUUUAGCAGCUGUGGUCUGUGAAAUGUGGCCGAAGAAACCAAAUGUGUGCGUAUUGUGAACGGAAGCGCCGCCUGAGACCAAAACGUGGGCAAAAUUAGCCCAAAGGUGGACCAAACAAACUGACAGUAAUGCUUUAACUCGAAGUAACAAGCGAGGUGGUUUACUUGACGUUUUCUAACUGUAUAAAAGUGAGUGAUUGCAGCACCUCAUCCCGAUGACAGAAAUGAGUCAUACUACUCCAGAGGCAGCGGGUCUUGACCCUGCCAUGCUGAGAGACCAACUCUUCGAACUGUGGAGCCGGAAAGAUCUGCAGAUGCUGCAUUUGGCAGCCCUCCAGGGAUUUUCAAAGCUGUCUGAGCCUUUGGAGGCCUUACUAACAAUCCUGGAGAGUUGUCCGGGCAAACAGAGAGGUCGGAGCCACACCCUUGGCCAUCAAAUUCUCAUGGAGUUCCAGACAUGGAUUAAGGAACAUCCUCAGGUGAAUCUGAGAUCACUCUCAGAGCAGCGAGCAGUGGCACUCCAGCGACGUGCUCUCAACUUGCUAACAGAUACCCAGCCCAACUUUGUGGACAGUCUCAUAAACAUCUACCAACUCAAUUCACUGGAUCCAGCCUUACUUAAAUUGCAUAUUACUGGGUUGCAGGCUCACAGCUGCUACAAAGAGGCAGCAUGGCUCAGUAUUAAGCUGAAAUUACAGGAAGAACUAAAUAUGGAGGAGAUGUGCGUACCGCUAAUCAUGCAGGAUAAGCUGUCAGUGGCAGAGUCCUUUGUCUCUGGCCACAGUCAUUUAGAGCAACGAUUGGUUACACUUCUAGACUCUUGGUGUCACCCCAGCUUCAGCGUGGAAGAGCUAAGCAAGCGGUUCCCUCGCCUCUCUCUGACCAGACAGCGGAUGGGCCACAUCCAACCGAAAAUGCUCACCAAACACGUCCUACGACUCAUGGAGAAAUUCAAGGUUGACAAAGGUCUGUGUCCCAAUGCACUGCACAAGAGGAGACUAGACUCUCUGCGUUUCCUCAUGUACAAGAGGUUUGUGGAGAAAGGCAUGACAGAAGAGAACUGGAGUGACCAUGUACAGUAUGUAGUGGCAGACGACGCUGAGCUGCAGAUCCACUUGGUGGAAAUGUUGGUGAAGUACUCUGGUCUUCGCAAAGCCUCCCAGUGGUCACUGAGAUACAAGAUCCCAAAAGAUCGACUUCCCUGUGGAGUAUGGGAAACCCAGCGGAGUCUACCACGCACUCUGCAGCAGAUAUGUCUGAGUGAUACCACAGAAACUGAGGAGUGGGAGCUAUCUCAGUCUCACUGUGAGAAGUUCUACCAAGUGCCACUCACCAAAGACAAGGUUCACUUUGUGGACACACCAGAAGCUCUCGAGAAAUGUCAACACAUUGUGCUCAAGGAAGGUGGUAUAGUUGGAGUUGACAUGGAGUGGCAGCCUACGUUUGGCUGUAUCUCAGUUCAGAAAGUUGCUCUGAUACAACUUGCGGUUUCUGACCAGGUUUUCUUAAUAGACCUCUGUGCAGGGAGAUUUUGUGAGCACCCAGAAACAGUUAGUUUCAUCAGGAGGUUGUUCUCCAAACAAAGUGUCCUUAAGCUAGGUUACGGUAUGGCCGGUGACCUUAAGUGUCUCUUGGCCACCUGGCCCCAGUUACAAGAGGACCCACUGAAGAUGGAUGGGAUGCUUGAUCUUCUUAGUAUACAUAAAAAAAUCCAACAAGGUACACUCAGCCGGACUCAAAAUGGCCCUAAAGAGGUACUGGUGGGUGAGGACUGUGCAGAAAAGGGCCUCAGUCUGUUGGUACAACAGGUCCUGGGAAGGCCCCUGGACAAGACAGAGCAGAUGUCUAACUGGGAGAAGCGGCCUCUACGCAUCAGCCAAAUUAGAUAUGCAGUGGCAGAUGCCUACUGUUUGCUGGAUGUGUACUCUGUUCUCUCCCAGAACCCAGCAUCUUUUGGGCUGCCUGCUGACCUGCACAGCAUCUCUUCAAGCCAAUCAGAGAUGAGCAGAGAUAAGAAGCUGAAGGAGAAACAGGGCAAGCAAACGAAACAGGCCCUUGACAAAGAGGAAUGUCAGGGGGCUCAAAGGGUCAGCCCCCCUCGUUCAGAGCCAGAGAAAGGCGUCCUGUAUGGCAGGGAGCCUGCAGAAGAUUCCCCACCUCUACCCCCUCAGCAGUUGCGGGUGGUGUGUGACAACAUGCUACAGGGACUCGGAAGAUACCUGCGUUGUUUGGGAGUUGACGUGGUCAUGUUGGAGAACACUGAUGAUCACAGAGUUGCAGCAAAGUUAGCGCAAGCUGAAGGCCGUGUCAUACUUACAUGUGGACAGCCUUUCCAAACUUUGCGUUCUCAGGUGGCUGAGGGUCGCUGUUUUUCCCUAGACUGCUCGGAAAAGGCCAGAGACCAGGCUGUUCGAGUUCUCAAACACUUCAAUGUGCAGCCAACUCCCAGUGAUAUAUUCAGCCGCUGUCAGGCAUGUAACAGUGAUCAGUACGUGGCAGUGCCUCAAGGAGAUAUGGUCAAGAUGCUUAAAAAAAAAGGAUUUUUGCCAGACCAGGACAACACUGACCUAAUGCACCAACAAGAGGAGAAGCAUGAUGACAUUCUGACCUCUAAACUCCCCAGGUAUGCUCUUCAGUGUCGCUGGGCCUCCCUUUCAGGGCUGGACCCUGACACCCUGACCUUUCCUGGGGGCGCGCCUAUUCAGCUCCACACUGUGGCCCCCACCCUCUUGCCGAGGAUAGCGCUCUUCUAUGUCUGCACCAGAUGUGGAAAGGUGUUCUGGGAGGGCUCUCACUUUGGCCGUGUCCUCAACAUGUUUCAGGAGGUCUUGCACAUUACAGACAAGGACGACGAAUCCGCUGCGGUGUUCGUUACAACUUCACAGCAGAACUGACUGUUAGAGCACUACUGAUUACAUGAAAAAUUUUGCAAUGCAUUUUAAUUACAGUGAAAUGUCCUCACACAUAAUUGACUUUAAAAAAAUUACAAGAGAGAAUUUUCAACAGUAACAUGCUUAAAAUAAAUUAUUUAGAUGAAAAGAUCAAUAAGCAACAAGGCAUUUAUGAUGAGUUAAAUUUAUUCUUUACACCUAGAUCAGCAGACUGCUCUCAGCCAGGAUGGGAUGAAAUCUUUAUUCUUUUUUUCAGAUGUAAAUAUUUUUGAAUUUCUUUUAAAAUUUACUUUGUUUAUAAGAGUUUAAAACUUAUUGAAAUAUCAGGCACGCCAUGGCCUGAUCACAUUUGGACCUGAUUAUUUUUGUUAUCGACUGUAUUGUACCAAAAAAGUCACAUUCGUGGUGAUUCAGUGUUUCCAUUGUGACACUUCGAGCUGUAACGAGUUAAUUCUUCAAGAAAGCAAACUGUAAAUGUAUGCAUCAGUGUUAAGUUUGUUCCAUUCAGCACUUUCUGAGGUCACAUCCUGUGGAAACAGUGUUUUUUAUUGUUUUGACUUGAACGCCCUGGUAAAGUGGCGAUGAGGUCAGUUCCUUGACCGUUUUAGGACCCAGUGGAAAGGUGGAUUUUUAUUCUCUGUGACUGCAUUUAUGUAAGGUUUAAUGUUGAGAUGAAUGUGUUAAUAAAGAGGUUUGUUUACUUUCAGCA